AAAACAUCUUAUCGUGUAGCCAUUUAAACAAAGCAGUCUUAAAUUUUAUAAAAUGCAAUUGUUUUAUGUUUGUUGGUACCUUAUUAUAAAUCAACAUCAAAAAUGUAAAGACAAGGCAAUGGUAAGAUUUUUAAGUGUUUAAACAGCGGCCUGCACGGUUCGUCAGGUGCAGUUCUACAUAUUAUAAUAGCUCUUACACAUUUUUUGCACUAUAAAAGCCUUAUUGGCUUCUAUACUACCUGUAAACUGUGUAUGAACACGUAUUCAAGAAAGGGAGGUACGACAACGUCUUUAAAAGGUCAUUUAAUGUCUGUCCGUACCACUGAAUACGAACAAUUAAUAAUAUUAGAAACAGAAAAGAAAAAUACAGUACAGACCUCGACUUCGUCGCCUCUUCAGGAUGCAAAAAAAAUAACAAACUACUUUAAGAGAAACUUUGCUGAAGAAUCAAAAAUGGUGUACUUCUAAUACUCAAUCUAUGGAAAUUGACAGAUUGAUUCCUGAAAAGAAUGCUUUACAAGAUCUCUAAAAAAAAUUGAAUCAAUUGUGUUUUAUUUGUCUGUAAAUAAAAAAUCUCUCUCCUGCCACCACUUCUGACCCUGCCCCCGCCUCCGGUUCCGACUCCGCUAAAUCAAAUUUAAAAACUCCGACCCCGUCUUCGGUUCCGAUACCGAUAUAAUACCUCCGUUACAUCCCUA